AUGGACCCAUUGACAUUAUUACGGCGCUAUACCCGUGGUGAAGUCCAGUUUCAAGAAAUUGAGCAUGUAAGUUCAAGGAAAAAAAAAUAUAUUUCUCUUCAUCUUUCUUAAGAAUGGCGAAAUCUACUACGGCUUUGGUGAUUUGGCCUACUUGAAAACUACGCCUACAAACUAUAAGGCAAGCUAAAGGAUAAUUUUUAAUGAAAAUAUGACGAUUUCCAGAUCUUCAAUCGAAAUGAAUACUAUACGCUGGAAGUUUUGAUCGAUUUCUGGCAUAAUAUCAAAUUGACCCAUGGUUUGUACGUGAAAGAAGCGGCCUCGAGGAAUAUUACACCUGUGACGAGGAUCGACAGGUAGGAAAUUAAGAGGGGAGUACGAGAUUAAUUUUGAUUUGAAGGAAAAACUUACAAGAGUACUUAUCGGGAGAAAGGGAUGAUUUGCCUGAAACGACGGCCGCUUUUCUCCCUUCCGGGCCUCCGAUUCCCGUCAAAAACUUGCUGGCGGCCAUGGGCGAGACUGAGGCCAAGCGCCAGAGGCUCGACGAGUAAAAAUUCAAGGAAAAAGGGGAAAACAUUAUAAUUUUCCAGAGACGGCUCUUCGCAAAAACUCGACCAAGGGCCUGUCGAAGUCCGAGCUUUGAGCGAAAAUCUCACCGUCCACAAAAUCGCUGAACUCAAAAGGAAACAUCAGCUUCAACAGAAGAAGAACAUUGUCGCCACUGAGUUUUAAAAAUAUUAAGUUUCCGAAAGAAAAAAAUAUUUCAGUGAAUCGGUACCAUCGGGCACUUUAACAUCAUCAAGAGAUUACCCAAUCGAGAGGAUUCACAAAAAUCGGAUCAAUGUCCUGAAUGGGACCAAGGAUUUGACCAAUGUUUUGGAUGUGUUUGCGUCGGUUCAGGUUUGGUUCAGUGAUUUUUUUGUAGAAGUUUCACCAUAAUAUUUUUUGUCUGCCUUUGAAAAGAAUGAAAAUUCAUUUUAUGAAGCUUUUAUGAAUAUUUAUGAAGUUUGAAGCAGAAUUUUCGCAAUCUGUAAUUUAUUUUUAUUUUUAUUGUUUUUUUUUUCAGUUUUUUUCAAUGAAAGAACUGAGAAAUUGAUCACAGAAAAUGUCGUUAUGUAUCCUAGAAAAAAUUUCGUAACUUUUUUUUCUUCUGUCAUUUUUUUCAAGUUUUGUUCCGAUGUAAUAAUUUUUUUUGAUUAACUGGCUUCUAAAGUGAGAAAAAUUGCCUUUUUUUCUGAUUUCUGAAGCCAAAAAAAUCUUUGGUGAUGAUCCAGAAAGGACAGUUAGCAGAAAAAUCUUCAAUCCAUUAAAAAAAUAAAUUUUUCUAGUCACUGUCUGAAAAAAAGUCGAUGUUCAAAUUGAAAAAAAUAGGUUUUUUUAAAAAAAUUCGAAAAAGAAAGGUUAUGAUUUGAAAUUUUUGGGAAAGUUUUGUAGUUUGGAGCUUUUUUAAGGCUGGUAAUACUUAAACUACUUUUUUGGAACUUCACGAAACAUUAAAACUACGAGGAAAAACGGUAUGAAAUCAUUUUUUUUGAGAAAAAUGUUUCGCCCAAAAGGUGUUUUUCUUCUUAAUUUUAUCACGUAAUUUAACAUUCGAUAUAAAACUUCGUUCAAACUCUUCACUCGAAACAGUAAAUUGAUUAAAGCCGUUGAAAAUUUUCAAACAGGGUUUUUCAUUCAGAAAAUAUGGUCAAUGGACGAGAAAAAAACGACAGUGCCUCAUGGAAACGCGGCCGUUUCUCAACAGCGAGGCGGUUAUUCUCGUUACGCUCAAGAAGAUUUCACGAAGGUCCGGAAAUAACUAAUUUCAAUUGAACCUCUAAAAAUCAUCGAUUUCCAGGACAAAUCGGCCGAUUUCCACACGGAAAUGUCUUUCAUCGGUAGUAAUUUGAGGGCGAUUCAAAGCGGAGGACUUCUUUCUUCUAUUGCUAGUGAGUUUUUCCGAAAAAAUUGGAUUCUGGUUGGGAUUGAGGUGAUUUUGGAAAGGAUUUAAUGUUAGAAAUAGAAACGAAAAUCACUCGAAAUUUCAAAUAUUCAUGGGAGAGGCUAGUAAGUUUGGGUACCAUCUGAAAGAUCCUGGAAAAAUUAUCUUUAGGUUUUUAAAUCAUUCGAUUUGGUUCAGAUUGAAGAGAGUUGUGAUUUUUGAAAAAUUCGAUAUAAAAAAAAAUGAUUUCUUGAAGAUUUGCGUACCAGUUGAAUAAUCCUGUUAAAACUACUUUUUUUGCUUUAAAUUUGAAAAAGUUUCGUGUAGUUUGAGAAAAAGCUUGAAUUGAUUUAAAAUUUGAAAAAAAGGGAAAAAAAUACUUGAAAAACUUGAAGUUUUUGAAAAAAACUAUUUGAAAAAAAUCUUGUCAAAAUUCAUUUCUUAGUUUUUAAAUUUGUUCAUUUCAUUGGUUUUUUUCAGAAGAGUUAGAAAUUUUUUUGAUAUAAACUGAUUUAAUUAUUUUUUUCUUCUUUAAGAAUUAACUGAAUUUUUUUAAAAAAAUUUAUCUCUUUUUGGUCGAUUUGUCUAAUGUGACGGUUUUUUUGAAGAGAGUUUCGCAUUUUUUUAAAAAAAUUUUAAAUGAGAGAAAAUAAACUUUUUUUAGCUUUUCCGAAAAAUCAACUGUUUUUUUCGACGCUCAUAUCACGUCCCGAAUAACCAUUUCUCUAAAUUUUUCAUAAUUAAGUUAUCUUUUUUUCUUUCUCUGACGUUUAUUUUGCCUCUAGCUGUAUUAUUCCGAACCCAGCAUUCACCGCCCCUUAAAGUUUUUGAAGAAUUUUUCAUCUUUUUUUGUUCAAUGAGUGUUAUUUAUUCAGAACCGAAACUCCCGAUGGCAGCGACGCCACAAGAAAGACCGAUCCCGACGGCCGUUUCUUCGGCCCCACAAACGCCAGGCAGUAAAAGGCCCUCGAGAACUCCAAUUAUCAUCGUUCCCAAUGCCCCGAGUGCCAUGAUCAGCAUGUUCAAUGCCAGGGACGUCCUGCAGGUUCGUUUCGAAACGAGAAAAAUUAGAAAAAAACAAUCAAGUUACCUGCUUCAAAACUACGUUUCUUUUCUUCUAUUCUCUGGAGUUUAAGACUUUUCUCAAGGCUUGUUCUAUCUUACCUACUUUCUCAGGAGUAAGAACUUCCAUACCUAUGAAAAAGAACGGUAAUAAAUCAAGUAAUCUGCAGAAGUUAUUCUUUUUCUUCAUCGUUAGACUUUGAAUCAUUAUUUAAGGAUAAGUAUACUCUGGACUUUGAAUUUUAUUUAGAAAAAUGAUAAAAAAAAAUGUAGAAAAUCAACAAAAACAAAGUGAAUUUUUUCACGUGUAUUACCGGUCAUUACUGAUUCUAAGACUGCCUCGGAACUUUUAAAGGUUUAAAAAUGAAAAGUAAGACCAGUAAGAAGUAUAGUAUUCGAAAGAUAAUCGCCCAAGAUUAUUUUUUUCUUUAUCGUUCGAUUUUUGGAAGUUUUCAUAAUCCGAAAAUUGGAUAUUGAUUUGAAAGGUUGAAAAAAUACAUAAGUUUUCAGAAAAAAACCAAAAAUGUUCUUUUUUUCAAAACUUGCGUUCAAGUUUUCCGGAAAUAGAAGGAUUUUUUUCAUGAGAAAGCGGUUUCAGUUAAUUUUCUAAUAAAUUUUUUUGCUCAGUUGCAAGCGUUUUUUUGAGUCUUCAAUUCAAGUAAACUAGAGAAUCUAAGUAAGUAGAUUUCGAAAAACUGGCUUUUUAUAAAUAAAAAAAUGAAGAUAAAAAAAUAAAGUUUUUUUCAAUUUCAAAAAAAUUUUUUUCAGCACCUCAGCUUUGUUACUUCGGAAAAAAAGACGACAGGAAGGAAAUAAAACGACUGAUCUGUUACUUCAACGUCAGAAGGACGGCCAAACAUGUGGGUUUUUGGAUUAAAAAAAGCUUAUGAUUUUUUUGAAAAACCAGCUUUUUGAAGUCGAUUUUUGAUAUAUUUCGAUCAUUUUUUUAUCAUAAUUUAGAAAGAGAAAAAUUAGAACAGUAAUAUACCAUAUUCUUUCAAUUCUUUUCAUAAUCUCCGGAAGAAAAAAAGCGAUUUUUUCGAAUAUGCUAAAACUUUAGCAUGGCUCUCAUGUGAAAUCUCUAUUUUAGCCUAGAAUUUUUCCCGUUUUUAGGAGAUUUUUAACGAAUUUUACAAUCUUCUGAUAUUCUGAAUAAAUUUUAUUCAUUCUUCUCUGAAAAAAUUUUUUAGUCAAUGUUCGCGUCGUUGACAACGUGACGAGGUUUACCGAAGACGAUUGGGAUCGAGUCAUUGGCGUUUUUGUCAUGGUUUGUUCCGAAAUCCUCCGUAAAAUACAGAAUAAACAUCAUUUCUUCAGGGUCCCGCCUGGCAAUUCAAAGGCUGGAAAUGGAACGGAAAUCCUGUGGAGAUCUUUUCGCAUGUUCCUGCUUUCCACUUGCACUACGAUCAUGAUAAGGUCUUAUUUUUGAUUCUAAGAAUGAAAAGGAAAUCAAAAAAACGUUUUUUUGAGCUUGAAAUGAAGGGAAAUUUUUUUUCUGACUAUCUUUAAAUUUUGACGACGAACUUUUUGCUAAAUUAACCUUUUUGGUUUAAUGAAAAAUUUUAAAAAGCCACAAAUUUGGAAAUUCGUCAGCUUUUAGUGCGAAAAAGUACGAUCUUAAAAAAAUUAAAUUUUUGAAACUGGAUUACGGUAUUGAUUAAAUGUGUGAGCACCACCAGUUGCGGCCAAUACAUUUCCUGACUUUUACCGUCUUUUUUUCGGGUUUUUUUCUGAUUUUUUAAAGACCACGAGAGUUUCUGAUUUUAAAAUAAGGAGAAGAAUUCAACAUGAAAGUUUCAGGAAUUUUCUAAAGUUUAUUCCUGUUUUUCAAGGGCUCAAAGUGAAUACUACUUUUUUUAAACUUUAUUUUCAUAAAUAAAAGGUCCGAUUUCUCUAUUCAAAUGUCGAAAAAAAGAGCCGUGAAAAAGGCUCAGAAACUUGAAUAAAAAAACCGCAGAAUUUAUCUACAGAAAGAUUUUUUUAUUUUAGGGAUAAUAUCUUGAAGCUAAAAAUAAAAAUUAAAUAAAUUGAAAAAAAUCGUUUUUUUAUUCAGCCUCAAGCUACCGUCCGAAAUUGGAAUGUCCAAAAAGUCCCAGUGAAUUUGACGAAAAGACACGUCGACAAGGCUCGUUUCGGCCAAAUUUGGGAGUCUAUCGAGAAUUUCUGCCGCAAAUCCAAGCCUCAUCUCUGUGCUCGCCUCGGAAUUCAACCCUUAUAA